CUCACUCUUGCUUCCCGCUUCCCACGCUCUUCCCUUCUCCUCCUUUUAUCUCCUAUGCGAUAUCUCCAACUCCCCAGGGUCACCGCGGAUAACCCGACCUCGCCAUCCUCCCUCCUGAUCUUUCCUCUACCGUCCGAUCCGGCCAUGGACCCCGUGAAGGCGGAGAAGGAGACCGCGAUGCGGCGCUACCGCCGCCUCCGGAAGAUCGCGAAGCUCUUCCAUCUCCUCCUCGAGGCCUUCGCCGCCCUCCUCUUCCUCUCCUGGUUCUCCGCCCGCCUACCCGCCGCCGCCCGCUUCUCCGGCGACUUCCUCCGCCGCCUCGCCGCCGUCAUCCUCAGCCCCCGCUUCGUCUUCCUCCUCGGCAACGCCAUCGUCCUCGUCCUCUUCGCCAAGUCCCGCCACCUCGCCUCCUCCGCCGACGGCAGCGAUGGCGACCUCUAUGACCAGUUCCUCGAGUCCCGCCGCCGGAUCGGCUUCUCCCCGCCGCCGCCAACGCCGACGGUGGCUUCGCCGGAGGAAGUCGUGUUCGAGGACAAGGCGGUGUGCAUGGAGAGCCGCCCGUGCCGGAGGAGCCGGUCGGAGAAGAUCGAGCGCCGGCGGAGAUCGGUGGAGCUCCGGCGUGUGGUGUCGGAUGUGGGGCCGAACGGAGAGAAGCCUCCGCCACCGCCACCCGCGGUGGCGACGGCAGAGGUGAAGGAGGACUCGGAGACGAGCGCCGACGACGCGGAGGAGUUCCGGCGCACGAUAGAGGCGUUCAUCGCCAAGCAGGUGAGGUUUCUUCGCGAGGAGUCGAUGGCGGUCGUCUCUGCCGAAGAACCGCAGGAUCACCGGAACGCCAUAUUUUAAAAUAACAAAAUUAUAUAAAAUAAUCUGAGAAAAAAAAAUGGGAUUUUUAACCCUUUUUUUUUUCUCUCUUUUUCCUUUUUUUCCCUCCGAUAAAGCUGUACCUUUCUCUGUACAGACCGUACUGGAGUGAGGAAAAUGGAGGAAAUUGCCCUUGUGAAUUAGUACUAAUCUUGUUUAAUGAGAGGAUAUGUUCGUAAAUUUGCGAUCAUUUUAAUAUCAAAGAGCGAUUUAGUAGGCCGUAAAAUCCCAUAUUUGUAUUCGAAUUUUUGCCAUCCGCCUGACCGCCGAGGUAAUGAUGCCAAGCUUGCACACUGAAGGAUGCAGUAUGGAGUCUCCUCGGAAACCUGGGUUCCACUGAGUUGACGUCAGACGGCCGUAUGAUAUCUAUACGAAAGAACUUGGGUUUAACAUGUACUUAUGCUAAUUAUUAUUAUAAUUAAUGAUUUGCCCUUGUUAAUUAGGAAAAUCGUGUGGGUCUUGUUAAGAAUGGGAAUGACUUGUGGCGCACGAAUGCGGAUUUUUGGGUGGGAGAGAGAGAGAGAGAGGGAAGAGGGAGAAAGAGGAAUGGAUUCUAAAAUCUUUGUUCAUAUAUUCUCUGGUAAGCCCACAUGCCCUUUUGUUUCCCA